CUCCUGUUCAUGGUCUUUCUUUCUUUAAUCCCUAAACCCCAGAAAAGAAAAAAUGAAUCCAACUCUCCUUGACAAAGAUCUAACAGGUAAUGAAACCAUCAAUGGGUCGAGAAGAUUCGAAGAAGCAAACAACCUCGGAUCUCCACCAAACUCGCACACUAACUUCUCUCUCGUUAGAAACCAUCCUCACAACAAAUCAGUCUCAGUCUUAAAGUCGGAAGAUGAGCAUGAGAGAGAUGGGGGUGAAAGCGAAAAUAGCUUCAAAAGGAGGGGCAAAAGUGGAAUGAACACAAAAGCAUGCUCACGAGGACACUGGAGACCAACAGAAGAUGCUAAACUCAAGGAGCUUGUUGCCCAGUUUGGUCCCCAAAACUGGAACUUGAUUGCUCACCACCUUCUUGGUAGAUCAGGAAAGAGUUGUAGAUUGAGAUGGUUUAACCAGCUAGACCCAAGGAUCAACAAGAAAGCCUUCACUGAGGAAGAAGAGUUUAGGCUUUUGGGGGCACACCGAGCCUAUGGCAACAAGUGGGCUUUGAUCUCACGUCUCUUCCCGGGACGGACCGAUAACGCCGUCAAGAACCAUUGGCACGUCAUCAUGGCUCGACGGACUAGAGAAAGUCAACGACUACGUCAACAGCCUCCUCAGGCACCGUCAGGAAACGCUGAAAUGACGGUCUCGUCCUCAAGCCGCUAUCAUCACGCUGAGUUCUACGGUAAAGUAGCGAAGGGUAGUUUUGUCAGUGAUGACGAUGACGAAGAAGAUGGUUCAGCUGUCUCUACUUGUACUACGGAGCUGUCUCUCACUCCGCCUUCCUCGACUCACCAGCCUCUCUUCUUGAAUUACGACAAUACCCUUGCCUCAGGUAAAGAUGGUCAGUGUGUGCAGAGGGCAGAAGUGAUUGGCAAAUAUGGUAAAAAGAUGGACCAUCAAUAUCACCACACAAUCACAGUCUGUGAGAGGAAGGUGGAGAUGCAGAUGAAGAGUGGAUUUUAUUUCUUUGAUUUCCUUGGAGUUGGAUCCUGAUUUAUUAUUUAAGGAAUUAGGGUUUAUGAUGAGAGAAAUCAGAAAUGUGAGAUAAAAAAAAAAUGGGUUUAGUUUCUUCUAUUUUCGUGGUUAAUUUUAGGCAUGUUUUCUUAACAUUUUAAUUUGGGCUAAAUCUGGUAGAAGUUAUCUUGUGUAUGAGGGAAAACAAAAACAAAAAAAAUAAUUAAUCGUACAAGUCAGUAACUAAGGAAUAAAAAU